CACCGUUUGACGACUGCACUUCGUCUUGCCAUACUUGUACGCACCCCAAGACCUAUAGGGUUUCCUUCUCAUUCUCGCCUUCUUUCCCUGUUGCCUUCUUUUUUUCAUCUGACCCGCCUUUUCUCUCACCACACUGACGCGCUUGGAGAUUUCGUCGUCGCUCGUUCUUUAGGCGGGGGGAAAACACAGAGGAAAAGCUCGGUACUGACCCCGGCUGUCGGCAGGCUCAGCUCAGCAACUAAGCAGCUGUUGCCGUUCUCCAUCGUCUAUACUACCUGCUCCGGAUACUGCGUACAUCGCUCUCACCUCACGAAUAUACUUGGCGGAUACCUCUCCAGCGUCACGCCCCCCCUUCCCCUGUCUUUCAACCCGAGGCCUCUUGCUACCUGUUACCUGCUCUUUCCCAGUCACAAGCUUCCCGUUCCUUGGUUUCCUCCGUCCAAGGUCUCAUUCUCGCUCUGUUGCGGCAAACCCAAGUCGAGCCCACCCAGUCGAGGUAUCCAGAAUUCAGCUCCCACUGGCCCAACUCCCCUCAGUUUCCAAGGAAGGGGCCGCGCCUUUCUUGCCUCUCAGAUCGGGGCACAGCCUGCCUCUGCUUUGCAUUCGAGCCCACCUUGCCAGAAAAAUCCCGCCCCACCGGUCCUCGGCCGCCGAGUAUCUGACAAGUCUUGACUCGACUACCAGGGACUUCGGAGUGGCUUUUCGCCACUGGAGCAAGUCAGGCGACCGACCCCACCACUACUCCAACUGAAGGGCCCCUCUGUACCGCCCUGUGGUCCUGUGGGUUCGACCUGCACACCCCCGGCACCACGAGCCUUUGGGAACGCACCCUUUGGCAUUUGCACGACACCCCCCGGUCUCAGCGCUCCCGACCCCUACCUACCCCCCGGUACCACCUGCACCACCUGCACCCAGAGCAAGACCCAGAACCUUUCAGACGGGCGGAUAAUUGCCUGCCAGGCCACUCGCGUCUCCAGUCAGUCGCUUGUGCCUUGCAAGAACAUCUUGCUUGGGCCCGAAACGAGAUCUCGUGUCUCUUUGCGUCGCUCCUGUGGACUCCCACUUCCCUUGCGACUUACUUACAGAGGUAUCCGUACCGGGCCUCCAACUCGCCACGGGAAACCACGCCGACCUGCGUCUACAACGCGCAAGUGGCAUAUCUGGCAAUGGUGUGAAAUCAAUAUCCUACUUUCCCCCGGAUCACGAAUUUCCUCACACACCAUGGCUGGUGUCGAGAAGCCGCCGCUGCCGAUGCGGCUCGACAACAGCACGAGCCCGAAAGCCAACUUGACCUGCGACGAAUACGACGCCUUCUCCUGUUUCCUCCUCGACGAAACACUUUGCUACUAUCCGCUGGUCUUGCUGUUGGUGUUCAUCGUCUCGGCCGCUACCUACAGCAUCGUGACGGCGCCCAAAGAAGAAGAUGAGGCCAGCGCAGACGCUCAGGGCCCGGGCGGCAAACGGCUGCCCGUUUCGAAGAAGAAGAAGCGCCGUGGCGAGAACGACCCCGAACGCAAAAGAUUCGGUGCCAUUCUGUCCCCGACCUCCAGAACAUGGCUCACGUGGAUCUCCGCCGCCGUGUUCCUCACGUUCGUCUCCAAUGCCAUUGCUCACUUCAGCUAUGUAAUGAAGGAGCUGGAAGGAGCCGUUCAGGGUGCUAAGGAUUCGCGCUCUAUGAUCGUCUACCUCAUUGCAUCGCCAAACUUGUAUCUCUACCUCCUCACCACGCUCAUCGAAUGGCACGAAGCCCCGACAAUAGCUCACUUCGUCACCUGGUCUCUCGCUCUCAUUGGCGAGCUGAUCAUCUGCAUCUGCACCAUUCUCGAGGUCACAAACCCUAAAGCCCCCAAGACGUCUCGGGUCGAGUCACCACAGCCGCACAUUUCCAAGUGGGCCGUGGCAGAUAUCAUCCUCGGCGUCGUUCGCAUCGUUUUGAUGAUGCUCCUCGUUGGUAUUUAUGUCGCGGCUUGGUUCCGAAACCCCCAGCAAAUGGAAAACAAGUUCGAGGAACAGAACUCAUCGCAACGUGCGGAGGAGACGACGCCUUUGCUUAAUGGCCACCGGAUGUCGUACAGCAGUCAGAACGGGCGAUCGGUUCGAACCUCGCGAAACGGGAGCACUGUCGGCAACACUAAUGGCACAGCCGAGGGUACCGCCGUAGCUAAGGACUGCAAAGAACCCGGCUUCUAUCGACCCGACAAAGCACCCCAUAAGAGCUGGUGGGAGUAUGUCCGGAGCUACCAGGUCUUUUUCGAGUACCAAUGGCCUAAGGGAUCGCCGCACCUGCAGUUACUCUUCGCUAUCUGCGUGGUCCUCUUACUCACGCAACGUGCCGUCAACGUCCUCGUCCCACUGGUUGUUGGUUGGCUGACUAGGGAGCUGACUCUCCAACAAGCCCCCUGGGCUGCUCUCGCCCUCCUCAUCUUUCUUCGGCUACUGCAGGGGACGGGCAUGCUUCUUGAUGCGUUCCGUGCCAUCCUAUGGGUGCCAAUUUCACAAAAUUCUUAUAGAGCUCUAACGUCAGCAGCCUUUGAGCACGUCCACUCCCUCAGCCUGGAUUUCCAUCUGGGGAAGCGAACCGGAGAAGUCCUCUCUGCCUUGAAUAAAGGCGCAUCAAUUAAUUCCUUCCUCGAGCAGGCGACGUUCUCGGUCUUGCCCAUGAUUAUUGAUCUUGUCUUCGCCGUUUGCUUCUUUUGCUACUUUUUCGACGCAACCUACGGAGCCAUCGUCAGUUGUUUGACAUUCUGGUAUUUGUUCCUGACCAUUCGCAUGGCACAAACGAGGGCAGAUCAGCGACGAACUAUGAGCAACGCCGACAGAGAGGAAGAAGCAGUGAAGAACGACUCGAUCACUAGCUACGAGACGGUCAAGUACUUCAACGCCGAGGAAUGGGAGUUUAAGCGCUAUCGGAACGCGAUUCAAGCCUACCAGGACGCCGAAAAGCAGGUCACUUGGGGGGCGAACCGGAUGAACGUUAUUCAGGCCUUCGUCUUCAUGGUCGGAUUCAGCGUGGUUAUGAUUUUCGGGGCUUACCAGGUGACACGUGGCGACAUGGAUGUCGGCCGUUUCCUGACCCUCAUGACGUUUCUCAACCAGUUGCAGACGCCUCUAAACAUCUUCGGGUCCUUCUACCGGACCAUCCAACAGGCAAUGAUCUCGGGCGAACGCCUUUUGGAGCUGUUCAAGGUUAGGCCCACCGUGGUUGACUCGCCGGGAGCAAGACCCUUGUCGGAAUGCCAUGGCAACAUCCGGUGGAACAAGGUUGCGUUCAACUACGACCCAAAGAAUAAGGCCCUCAAAGAUCUUGACUUUGAAUGCAAGCCCGGUACCACGACGGCGUUUGUGGGCGAAUCCGGCGGUGGCAAGUCGACUGUUUUCCGCCUGAUGUUUCGAUACUACAACACCUCCUCCGGCAGCAUCGAGAUCGACGGCCAGGACGUCAAGGACCUUACUAUCGAUUCGGUCCGGCGUUUUAUUGGAGUUGUUCCGCAGGACACCACCAUGUUCAACGAUACCCUGAUGUAUAAUCUCAGAUACGCCAACCAAGCCGCCACCGACGAAGAAGUAUUUGAAGCCUGCCGGGCCGCCAGCAUUCACGAUCGAAUCAUGUCCUUCCCGGAUCAGUACAACACGAAGGUCGGCGAGCGUGGUCUCAAGCUCAGCGGUGGAGAGCGACAACGGGUCGCGAUUGCGCGGACGAUUCUCAAGAACCCCAAGAUCAUCAUGCUUGACGAAGCCACGUCGGCUCUCGAUGCGCAUACCGAGCAGCAGAUCCAGGACAGACUGGGGCAUCUCGGCCAGGGCCGGACAUUGCUCAUCAUUGCGCACCGACUGUCUACCAUCACGCAUGCUGACCAGAUCAUCGUCCUUAACAAUGGCACCAUCGCUGAGAAGGGCACUCAUGAUCAACUGGUUGCUGCUAACGGACGGUACGCCUCAAUGUGGGAGAGACAAGUGCAGGCAGAACGCGCCGCCGAGAAGGCCCGUGCUGCAAGUAGGAAGGCACAGAAACUUCUUAGAAAGGCGAACAUUGUCUCCAAGAAGCAGACGGACGGGCACUCGGACGGCUACACUAGCCUUGAUUCGUCCACGAUCCUGCCCGGCAGCUCAGGGAACAACUCAAAGGCCAACACCACCGGAGAGGAUUCAUCCAGCUCCUCCAGCAGCUCUGAUGCAGAGUCCAUCCACAGUGUCCACAACGAUUCGGACCAUUCCGACCAUUCCGACCGCUCUGGUAGCUCUGGUCGACAUUAGCUGUUCCAACGGAUAGAACAAGACCAAUAUCUGGACACUGUCGGCCCCCUGGAUACACAGCAUCAGCACACAGCUUCAGCCCUCUCAACCAAGCACUGCUACUGAUGGCAAUGUUUGUUAACUAAACCCAAACAUGCCCUCUUUAUUGACUAUAAACCCCCUAAUCUGCAGCUUCCUACAGCAGGACUGCACAUUUCCUUUACGAAUACAACGAGGCACGCGCCUUUUAUGACCCAGGUACAACGGAUUAACGGCUUAAGAUUGCAUCAAACCGGCGACUCGGAGUUUGGAGUUCACACACAUACACAUUUCUUUACCCUUUGGCUAUGGGAUCUCAAAAGCUGAGAGGACUUUCACAAGUACAACAAAAACGACAACCCUCAGAAUUGGUAUUUUGGGCCUGGCUCGGUUGGUUGGCCAGUAGGGUCACUUUUUCUCGACUAUUGCCACCGGACACGCUCUCACUUCCUACCUUCUAUGGUUGCAAACCACCCAGCCCCCUUCGUUUCAUAAUCUGUGUGUACAACAACUGGAUGCGACUCGUCUUUUUCUUGAAUGGACAGAGCAUUCUUUUCUUCUUCAUUACCAUCAUCAUCAUACAGGAGGGAAAGAACUUCUCCUUUAAUUAUGAGCUCUCAACAGCAACCUUUCUUUCGAUCACAGAUCGACACCUGCCACCAUGGGCAGCUUGUUCUGCAUUGCAUCGCAGAGACCGAAUUCAUCACGUUCGAUGAGACUCAAAAUCACUUGUCUGGGCCUGCAUCAGCUUGGAAGGCUGGAGGGGCUGGGUUUCGGAAGGUCAUUCUGGGACGAGGAACAGUUGCGCGGCGGCGGACUUGCAUUUUGAUGAACGUUGCUUUUAAAAAUCCCUUGCCAUCCACACGAUGGGUGCAACAGGUAAACUAUUAGAAAGCCUGCUUUGGCCCUUUUUCCUUUUUUUCCGCACCUUCAUCUUUUCCCUAUUGUCUUAUCUGGACAAUGCACAAGGGAAUAUGCCAGAGGUUCAUAGUGGCUGGUUAUAAUGCCACCUCUCUUCUCCUUUCAGUUAUUAUUAGUAUUGGGGCAGCGGCUGGGAAUCGCCUUGCGACAACCCAAGACUCAAGGUCCAUAGACAGUAGUGAUCGCGCGCAAGACUUUGCGACGCCAUAGAUCCGGUUUGCUCAAAUGCUCAAGGCACUCCAAGAACAAUCAUUGUUAUGUGUUUGAUGUGUGACAUGCUGUGUUGCAUGCUAGGUCUUACACCUGAUCAGAUCUCCUGACGGCUGACUGUACCUGCUGACGGUUCUAGUGCAGCACCCAGAUUCACAAUGUAUAUAUCAGUGAUUACAAUUGAUAUGGUAUUGCAUAAUGCCACAGAGAUUAGGUCGCACGUCAUCGGUAUAUGAUCUACUCCUGAGCUGAUAAUCAAGUUCAAUAGACCUUUGGGCGGACAUGAGCCGGAGCAAACCCCCCGCCCCUUUUUAUAAACAUAAUUGACCAGACAGAGUCAGACACGCGUGCGACUUCCUCUCUAUUGAACUUGAUCCGCCUCAUCUUCUAUGCCUGUAUCUGACCCGUCUCCACGUCAAUAAUCACCCUCAAGAGCUAAGGUAGGCAUUGCCUCAAUCUGCCGCGGCCUUUAUACCAAUUUGUCCCCUUUUGCCAAGAUACAUCUAGGAAAAAGGGGGCCACAGGGCUGAGUUGUGUAAGAUAUGGCGACCGAGAUAGCCACCGUGAGCGAGUGCAUGUUGUGAGGCUGAGCGGGCGCGAGGCCUUGCUCAAGUGGUGUGGAGGUAGGUUGGUCAAGUCGCGCAGGAGGGUGCGCCGGCAUUGUUCACGAACACAGACCUGUCUCACCUCACUCAUUCCUCAUCACCACUACCACCAGCGACCUGUCCUUGGCACCCUGCCCCUCAGCCACCGGCAUGUCGCAUAACCAACUAGACGACGCAAUCUGACUGUUUUUUGAGUACCCGUCGAUAGCCGGAUAAUGAUGACCGAAGUCUGAUGUCGUGUGCUUCGCCAAUGUUGAUCUGUCUUCCUCUUGAGGACUCGGUGUGAUCCAUUGAGCACCUAUUUAGGGCCUUCGGUUUUCUGGGACCAAUAAGUCAUGGCCUGCGCGUGCUGGGCACCGUCGUUUUUUUGCGUAUGUAAAUAGGUCAGCCGGGCGAGACGGCUCGAUACCACCUCGCGUGUCGCGAUUUGAAUGCAUUGCAUACGAUGCGACAGCCGCCAAGCCAUUCCAAACAAUUGUGGUCAGGAACUUUGGACAUCUCCAUUGUGGCAAAUAAUUAUCCCCCAGAAUGCCUCAAUUCUCAUCUUUCU